GCCUGCAUCCAGGUAGGAGCCCUCCCCUGGCCCCGCGGGCACCGCAGGCGCUCAGCAGCACCAGGCCCGGCUCACACCCACACUGCUUGUGUUUCUGCUGCAGGAACAGGCACUAAGCGCGGGGAUGUACUGCUUCCAGUGCCCCAACUGCAGAGACAGGGACUGGUUUGUUCCAGACAUGCUCAAUAUGGGGAUCCGAAUCCCAUUCAGAAAUCCAACAUGGGAGGACAACAACGCCUAUGCAGCACUGGGAGAUCGGCACCAACGCUGCGAUGCCAGCAGCUGCCUUUACCCCCAAGGCAGGGAGCAGUCAGGAGAGGGGCCCUGGGAACUGCUCCUCUGCAGCUCCUGUGCUGCACGAGGAACACACCGCCGCUGCUCCGACCUGAGUGAUAGCAGAACCGAAUGGGAGUGCGACAGCUGUGCUGGAGAGGGCACCGCCUCCAGCACCAGCUCAGGUCUUGCUGGCCUCGGCACCACCAGCCAGCAGGGACUGCAGCCAUCUCAGAGCUCCCUGACACCCGAGAGCAGCAGCUCCGACACCACCAGCGAGCACGGACUGCAGGCAACCGAAAGCUCUUUGACAACAGAGAGCAGCAGCUCCAUCACCACCAGCCAGGCACCAUCGGAGCCAGCUCACAGUUCCCGCUUGCCUGAGAGCAGCGGCCUGUCCAGCCAGCGCAGGCCAGAAUGGAGGAGGAGGCUCUGCUUGCGUUUACAUCGCAUUGACGACUCAUGGCAUGAGUCGCUAGGUUGCUGUGGGAGCACCCAUAAUGCUGCCCUGAUAGCCAGCCAGGGGACAGCUCGGUCCUCGAGGCGCUGCCCUGCACUGCGAUACAACCUCAGGUGCAGGCAGGGACAGCGGGCCCGGACAAGAAGCCGCUCUCCAUUGCGGCACUGGGCCCCAGAAUCUCUGAGCCGGCCCCAGAGACACCUUGGGAGCAGGCAGACAGCAAGCCCAGGUGCUCAGAGCUGCAGCUACACCACACCGGCAGCACCAGGGUCCUCCAGGGCUUCCAGAACAGCUUACAGAUGCCCAUUCAGACAUCCAGCACGGGCCUGGACUCGAAGACGCUUGCCUCUCAAUCGUCGGGCUGCGGAGACCGACAGCCGGCCCCGAAGACGCCGCACGAGCCGGUCCAGGCGGCGAGGGCCAGAGCAGGGCCAGAGCUGCUCCCGGGUACCACGUCGGGCCCGGCACAUCACCAGCCGGCCCUGCUGAUGCCGCGGGAGUAUUAUUUAUAUAGUUUAUUUUAUGAUAUUAUAUAAUAUUAUUUAUUUAUAUAUAUGUUUAUUAUAUAUAUUUAUUAUAUCCCCUAAUAAAUUUCCCCACCCUAUUUCUGUGUCUCGUUUGGCUUUGUUAUAAAUCACUCGCAGUGUCAAUAGUACCGUGCAGUGUAAAGGCCGGGGCUGCUCCAGGUGCUGCCGCACACCGAGUGCGAUAAGCAAAACCCAUGGCAAAAAGCACUCUGUGAUAGACAGUUAGCAAUGUUUCAGCUGUUCCUGUAUAUCAGUUAACAUCACCAGC